AAACAAAAGUAAAUGAGAAAAAAUUAAAGUAUUUUAAAUUAAUGAAUGUAAGAAUUUAUUUAUGCUAUAAACUUUCGUAAUUAAGCUGAAGAAACAUUUUCAAUUUUCACAACUGAGCUAAACAUUGAAGAAGAAGAAGAAGAAGAUGAAGGAAGAAGAAGAAUCAACGGUGAAGAUGGAAUGGUUAACUUCCAUUGAUUCAACAACUCUCUCUCACUCUGAACUUCAAACACUUUCUCUCUCUUCUCUCUCUUCCUUCGACCUAAAAUCUACGCGCCAAAUCGUCACUCCCAAAAUCGAUCCCUCAACUUUCAACCACAGCGCCGGUUCUCACCGUCAAACCUACUCCCGAUCUCACCGACGUUGUCGUGCACCGCCACUUCUUCCAACUCCCGUUCUUCCCUCCGACCACCGUAUCAUUAUUGAUUACCUCAAACAGUUUAUUAGAGAAGAUCCGAAGUUCGAUCAGGUUGAGCUUCUUCAGCCUGUAGUUGUUCCUUCAAUUUCACCGCCGGUGGUAUUUUCCGGUGAGGUGAGGAAGAGAAAAAGAGGGAGGAAACCUAAAAUGAAGGUGCAUUUGGAUGAGUGUUAUAGAGGGAUGGAGAUUGUGAAUAAGAAUGGUGUUGCUGUUGAUUUGAAUGUGUUGUCGAUGGUGGAGCAUCCGUUUGCGGCCGAGAUUGCGAGAAGGACGGAAGGGUUGAGUAAGGAAGAGGAAUUGUUAGAGUUUUUGAGUGAUUUGGUUGGUCAGUGGGGAAGUAGGAGAAGGAAGAGGAGGAUUGUUGAUGCUGCUGAUUUUGGAGAUGUGUUGCCUCUUGGUUGGAAGCUUUUGCUUAGUUUGAAGAGGAAAGAUGGUCGUGCUUGGAUCUAUUGCAGGAGAUAUAUAAGCCCUAGUGGACAGCAGUUUGUGUCUUGCAAAGAAGUUUCUUCCUAUUUGCAGUCUCGUUUUGGUCACUCUGAUUUACAGUUACAAAUCAGUCAUAGGAGUGAAAGCAUACUUCAAGAACAGAGAGUGACUACUGAAAAUUCUACAGGUGUUGCUCAUGAGGAGCAGGAUCAACGGCAGAUUGUUGCCACUAACUCGGAUGUGUCUGGUUUGUCCGUCUCUAAUGAACGGUUGAAGGAAAUGUCCUUGUUGGAGAUGGAGAACCUUGCAGAUGUGCAAAUACAUGAUCUGUUUGAAUGUCACAAGUGCAACAUGACCUUCGGUGAGAAGGAUGCGUACUUGGAGCACCUGUUGUCUAUUCAUCAGAAGACGACGAGGCGUUAUCGACUUGGUUCAUCUGUUUCAGAUGGAGUUAUAAUUAAAGAUGGGAAGUUUGAGUGCCAGUUCUGUCAUAAAGUGUUUCUGGAAAAGCGUCGCUACAAUAGUCACGUUGGGAUACAUGUUAGGAAUUAUUUGAGGAAAGCUGAAGACUUGCCGGAUCAGCCUAAUGUCUCGAGAGCAGAAGAGUCUCCAGUCACAGAUGAGAUGCCUUCAAAGAUCUCUAAGAUGGAUGCCCUCAUCGAAAUUGCUCAAAACUCUAUUGUGGAGGAUUCUGUCAUGGAACCAAGUUCCUCUAAACUGAAUACGAUUCAUGCUUCAGAAAUUGCGGCUGGCGACUUAGAUGAAGACAUAAAUGUUGAGUCUCUGGUCAGUGAACAGCAAAUGGAAGAGAGCUUGAUUGGCCCAAAUGUAGUUCACGAUUUAAAUCGGCAAGUUAGUCCUCGUUUACCCAUGGGUGGAACAAUAGAGAAAAUUGACAACGAUAACCGAGUUAUUAAUGCAAAGAUUUCUAGUUUUCUAGAUAACACAAGCUUGUUAUCUGUAAAUAAUAAAAAUGUUGAUGCACCUGAUACUUCUAAAGGAAAAGGUGGUGCGGUGCUGACUGUUGACGGAUUUGAUCAUUCUGGGAUUGAUCUGCAAGGAAUUUCUCAAAUCCCGUUGCUUCCUUCAUUUGGGAAUCACAUGACACCUGGAUAUGAGAAGAGUGAAAAUUCUGGUUGCACUAAUACUAAGGGGGAUCUUAAACUUGACGAAAACAAUAGUAAUAAGAGUGACUUGAAAAUUGGUUUAGAUGGCUGCAAGGAUGUACCCGGUGUUGCUAAUGUUCAAGUGACAGCAAUGCCAACUUCUAAAGAAAAUGUGAUCCAAUCUAUGGUUUCUAACCCCUCUGUAUCCCCAGAACAAUCCAUGGAUUCUUUUUCUGCAUUCAGCUCAGACAAGGGGUUCCAGGAAUUGAGGUUAGAAGAUAUUGGUUCUCUUGAGUAUGAUUUUGCAAGUGUUCAAGAUGUGUCAGCUGAAUUGGCAAAUAACAUAGUGGUGCAAGGGACAUGUGCAUCACAAGAAGUUAUGUUAAAUUUGGGUGCCAAUAAUCAGCUCACAACCACAUGUGUAUGGUGUGGAAUAGAGUUUAACCACGAUGCUGUUAAUUCUGAAAUACAAUCAGAUUCUGUUGGAUUCAUGUGUCCAGUUUGCAAGGCAAAAAUAUCUGGUCAAAUCAAUGUGUUGGACACUGGAUCACCAAAUGCUGGCCAUCUUUAGACUGCUGAAUGAUGUUAAUGAAAAUCAGUAGCAGGAGUUGAUCUAGAAGAGAAAAUCCAGCUUUCGAGGUUGAUCAUGCUCAGUUAUGGUGCCUGCAUAGAUUUAUCGUAGAAUGGUCUCAAUUAAUUUGUCCUUAACUCGCUGUAUGUUGUAUUAUCCCACUAUCCUGUUUAUUCGCAAGAGAACCAAUAUUAUCAUGUAGUGUUGUUUUAUGAAGUCUGUAUCACUGUUGUAAUUGUCUUAGAGGUCUUUCAAUUGAACUCCUUACAUGGUUAGUGUGUAGUGAGUGUAUCCCAUAGCUACAUCAAGUGAAAAUAUGAACAAUGCAAUGAAUAUUAGUGACAGUUUAAAUAGCAUAUCCGUAGUGAUUGCAAAAUAAAUAAAUAGAGGUUAUUAAUAACA